AUGUUAGAACACAAUAUGACAGAAAAGGCAAAACAUUUCAUAACAACAAGCGGCGAAGCCAAAGAAAUAGUAGACAAUGCACCCUUAACAACCCACAACCCACCCACCCAAAACAAACGUAAAACCGAACAAAAAUUUCCCCUUCCAACCCAACCAAACAACCCAAGCACCCAAAUUAAACAUGAUGGUUCUAUUUGCAAGCUUUGCAGCGAAAACCAUACUUUGAGGGAAUGUUCGUCAUUCAAUUCUCUUGGAAUAAACGAGAGAAUUGAGUUUGUAAAGAAACAUGAAAUAUGUUACAAUUGUUUAGCCGUCGGUCAUGUCAUACAAGCUUGUCGCAGUACAUUCAUAUGUAGAUAUUGCGGUGGACGACAUAAUAGUUUAUUGCACCGACCAAAUUCGAGGAUAAACCCACAUAAUGAAGAUAAUCAGGCAUCUUCAUCGUCAAAUACAGUUCAGUCUUUCUCAACCCACACCCAAUCAAGCAAACCCACACCCAUUGAUGACAGAACGAAGUUAUUAGGAACAGCAGUUCUGAACGUAGAAGUCCAAGGUGAAUUGUUUCCAGCUAGAGCGCUUAUUGACCCAGCUUCAGAUUUCUCAUUUAUAACAGAUAAACUAAGAAAAAAAUUACAUUUACCCACUACACCCAUAGUUGCAGAAAUUUCUGGAUUAAAUGAGAUAGUUUCUGCAAGAUCAACUAAACUGUGUCAAGUUUCUCUACGCUCGAAUACCCAUAAUAAUUUCAAAUUGAAUAUCCAAGCAAUUGUAGUGAAAACACUUACAAAAAAUUUACCCACCCAAAGUUUAAACCCAACCCUAAUAAAAGACUUGGAAGAUAUUCAAUUAGCUGACCAAAAGUUCUAUGAAAGCAGACCUAUAGACUUUAUAAUUGGCAGCGAUUUUUACCCUCAAAUAUUGAAAUCUGGAGUACGGAAAGAUCUUCUCAAUACCCUAAUAGCUCAGGAAACUGAGUUUGGCUGGAUUUUAACCGGACCCAUUCAGAACACAAGCAAUACUCAACCCUUAGUUUCAUACUUCAGUUCAGUCACGCUUGAUAAAGUUUUGACCAAAUUCUGGGAGAUUGAAGAUAUAUCCACCCAACCCAAAGUUUCAGAGGAAAGUUCUUUAUGUGAAGAAACUUUCAUGACCACUACCCGUCGAUUACCGAAUGGCCGUUAUCAAGUUAACCUUCCAUUUAUAUACCCUCCUGUUGAGUUGGGAAACUCUAGACACGUUGCUAUGGCUCAAUUUCUACGAAACGAGAAAAGUUUAAUAAAAAAGCCAGAGCUUAAAAUGGAAUAUGAUAACGUGCUACAAGAGUAUAUCGAAUUAGGUCAUAUGAGACAUAUAAAAUAUAACCCAAACACAUCUUCAAAUACCCAUUAUUAUUUACCCCAUCAUGCUGUUGUUAAACUUGAUCGUGUUACGACAAAAGUUCGAGUUGUUUUUAAUGCAUCGAGCAAAACCUCGAACAGCAACAGCCUUAAUGAUACCCUAUACACUGGUCCUACCCUACAACAAGAUUUAGUUGUACUUAUCUUGAAAUGGCGCUUUUAUAAGAUAGUUUAUAAUGCCGACAUUACAAAAAUGUACCGGCAAAUUAUGCUAAACCCUAUCCAUACACCCUUCCAACGAAUAUUAUUCCGUAAAAGCGUCAACGAAGCCAUUCAAGAUUAUGAACUGCAAACAGUUACAUUUGGUGUUAACUGUGCGCCAUACUUGGCUAUUAGAACACUACACGAAUUAGCCAAAGACAUUCAAAAUACCCACCCUAUCGCUUCGCAAACACUGCGAAAUAAUAUGUAUGUAGACGAUGUAUUAGCCGGAGGUCACACCAUUGAAGAAGCUAAAGAAGGCCAAACCCAACUGAUCGCGGCGCUUGACUCUGCUGGUUUUCCUUUAAGAAAAUGGAUCUCAAAUACGAGGGAAUUGUUGAAAGAUUUACCCGAAGAUCACCUACUUGAUGUGGAUUUACUCAACCUUCCAGAAUCGAAUAAUGCCAAAACAUUAGGAAUCCGAUGGAAUGCUAAAGAAGAUACGUUUUUCUUUAAUGUACCCUUAAUUGAAAGAAAAUCAGCAUACACAAAGCGAACUGUGUUAUCAGACAUUGCUCGUCUUUUUGACCCAGCUGGUUGGUUAGCGCCAAUUGUUAUAUCUGCCAAGAUUAUUAUGCAGCAAAUUUGGCAAGAUAAUACAGCUUGGGAUGAAUGUCUUAAACCACUCACCCUUAUAAAAUGGCAAAAGUUUUUGCAGUUCUACGAUAAUAUUAAUAGAAUUCAUAUUCCAAGAUGGAUUAACUUUUCACCUUCAGCAAAAAUUGAGUUUCAUGGUUUUUCAGAUGCUUCUGAAAAAGCGUACUCGGCAUGUCUGUAUGCACGAGUAACACCCAUAGACGGACCUAAUUCCGUAACCCUACUCUUCGCUAAGACGAGAGUUGCGCCAAUCAAAGUAAUCUCGUUACCAAAACUUGAACUUUGUGGUGCAGUGUUGUUGGCAAAUAUGACACAUAAUUUACUCACCCAACUCAACCUACCCUUACAUCAGACGUACUUCUGGACCGACUCAUCUAUAGUUUUGGCCUGGCUUAGUAAACACCCUAACUCGUGGAACACAUUUGUAGCAAACCGAGUUUCUACAAUAAUCCAGACUGUCGGCGUUGAAAAUUGGAACCAUGUUGCUUCACACGAUAAUCCUGCCGAUGUUGCUAGCCGAGGAUGUAAUGCUGAUGAGUUAAAAGAUGACACUUUAUGGUGGAAUGGACCAUCGUGGUUGAAAGAAGUCGCGUCGAAGUGGCCAACAACAAAUAAACACUUCAUUACUCAAGCUGAAGCUAAAGUUAGUCAGUCGUUUACUACGACCGUUAAUACCCACCCUUCCUUGGUUAAUACGAAUACAGAAAACCCAGAUAUAUUAUCAAGAUUUUCGAAAUUGUCAAAAGCUCUAAGAAAAUAA